AUGUCGCAGAUAACGCUGCUCUCGAACACAUUCGUCGAUGACCAGUCCGCCAAGAUCCGCGCGAAGGAGGUGCCCUGGCCCGGCUACCAACGCGCGGGCCUAAUAACGCCCGACGAGCUCGCGCUCAUCAAACGCGUCGAGCGCCAAUCGCGCGCCAAGACCGAGGGCAUAUUGCUGAGCGACGGGCCGGCCUACGCGCUGCUGUACCUCCGGCUGCUGAAGAAGCUGCAGCGGGUGGACACGAUGCAGUGGGUGCUCGUCAUGAUCGCCGAUGCGCUCACCGAUCACGACGAGCGGAUACCGCUGUUUACGCGUACGGCGGAGACGGACCCGGAGUUGCCGUAUACGCCUCUGCUCCGCGCAUUUGAAACGCAAGACGACUUCGUGCUCCUCAAAUCCGCGCAGAUCCUCACCGUCCUCCUCGGCUCAGAGCCGAACGCACUGGGCACAAACGUCCUCCUGCCCCUCCUGCACUCACUGUCCUCAUUCGUCCAAAGCCCAUCAUCCAACAAACGCGACGUCGCGGUCCAAUGCCUCGAGUCGCUGCUCCCGCGGCCGGAGGUGCGGCAGGCUGUGUGGGCUAAUCCCGGGAUCAUCUCCGGGCUCGUGGACAUCCUGAAGUCCAAGCCGGGCCCGCAGAUGAGCUACCAGGUCGGCUUCUGCUUCUGGCUGCUCUCGUUCGAGCAGAACAUCGCGCAGCAGAUCAACAAGAAGUUCGACAUCAUCCCGCUCUUCGUCGACGUCGCCAAGGCCGCAGUGAAGGAAAAAGUCAUCCGCGUUAUCAUCGCGACCUUCAGCAACCUCGUCAGCAAAGCCCCCACCUCCAACCUCCCCUCCCUCCUCACAUCCUCCGCCCUCCCCUUCCUCACCAACCUCUCAUCGCGCAAAUACACCGACCCCGACAUCCCCGCCGACCUGUCCUACCUCAUCGCGACCCUCACGUCCGCCUUCGACUCGCUCACGACGUGGGACCACUACACCUCCGAGCUCGAGUCGGGACACCUUUCGUGGAGCCCGGUGCACGAGAGCGAGGGGUUCUGGAAGGAGAAUGCCGUGCGGCUGGGCGAGGGGGACGGGCGCGCGCUGAGGAGGCUUGUGGGGUUGGUUAUGGAAGGACGUGAGAGUCUGGUGUUGGCGGUGGGGUGCCAUGAUUUGGGGCAGUAUGUUAAGUAUUAUCAGCCCGGCAAGAAGGUGUUGACGGAUCUGGGCGCAAAGACGCGCGUGAUGGAGCUUAUGGCGCAUGCCGAUGCCGACGUGCGGUAUCAGGCGCUUUUGGCCGUUCAGCAGCUCGUGAGCCACCCGUGGCAGGCAGUAUAA